AUGCUGCUAAUAUUCGAUGCAUUGAUGAUUCAACAUAUUGUGAUGCAAUUGGAUGUGCAGAUCCAGAUGCUUAUGGUUAUAAAUGUGAUGAUGGAAACUCAUAUUGUUAUUGCAACUAAACAUCACAUGACUAUGGGAAACACACACAUAUUCAUAUCGAAUUCGAUGAUCUAUGUUAUAUCAAAUAUUCAUAUUCAAUACUUUUGCUUUUUUUAUUCGAUUUAUUUGGUUUGA